UUUCCAAUCCAAAUGUCCAAAUCCUGACACAGGAACCAGAGCCUAAGAUCCAAACCCCUCUGCUUCAGACAGAACAGAACCUCAAAAACACACACAAAACAACAAGCAAUGAACUCAUUAGAUGAUAUAUCCGAUCUCAUGACAUUGCUUGGCCUUGUGAUCCUCGUAGGCUUCUGCGUCGCCCUCUUCGUUGUCAUCACCGUCACUGCGAUUUCCCUCAUCAUAUAUGUGAUCAUCGAGUGUCUUCUCCGACCCUUCUUCGGAAAAUGCCUCGACAUUGAUCUCGAGAUCGGUCAGAGAGCCAGAAUUGUCACCUACCGUGCAAUCAUACCGACAGAUAUGAGAUUACCCCUGGAGAUCCUCGACUCUCGGGAUCUCCAUGAUCCACGACGAGAGAAACGCGGGUUAGGACAGAACACGAUCGAAACCCUGCUCCCGAAGCUACUUGUCCGGGGCUUCGAGGGGAGGUCCUCGACGUAUGAGGAGUGUGCGAUUUGCCUCAGCGACUACGGCGUUCACGAGGAGUGCAGGAUUUUCCCUGUAUGCAGACACAUGUACCAUGCACAUUGUAUCGAUGCCUGGUUGAAGAAUCAUCUCACAUGUCCCACUUGUCGAAAAGAGCUGUUAGAUUCAUGACAAAAGCCUACGGUCUUUUCCGAUUUGUCUGUAAGAAUCUGUACAUAAUUUUCCAACUUUCCAAGACAACUUCCCUACCCAUUU